AUGGCGGCGGGGCCGGCGCGGCUGCUGCUGCUGGCGGCGGUGGUGGUGGUGGUGGUGCUGCUGCUGCUGCUGGAGCCGGCGGCCGCCGUGUGGCCGCAGCCCCAGGCCCAGCGCUCCCCGCCGGGCGGCGGCCGCUGCCUGCUGCCUCCCCGCCGCUUUCGCUUCGCCUACGCCGCCGGCUCCGCCGUGGGGCCGGGCUGCGCCGUGCUGGAGGCGGCCUUCCAGCGGUACUGGGCGCUGCUCUUCGCCGCCGCCCGCCCGACCGAGAAUGAGCCACCCUGGGGGAUGCCCUGCACUCAGCUCCUCGUCUUUGUUGCCACACCAGGCUGCGAUGGGUUUCCCAGCCUGGACUCCAAGGAGAGCUAUAAGCUGUCUGUCUCGGAAGGCUCCUUGCUGCUCUCUGCGGAUGCCGUCUGGGGAGCUCUCAGAGGCCUGGAAACAUUUAGCCAGCUCGUUGGGAGAGACGAGAACGGCACGUACUACAUCAACAAGACAGAAAUUGUGGACUUUCCCCGCUUCCCUCACCGGGGCCUGUUGCUGGACACCUCUCGUCACUACCUGCCUUUGAGAGCCAUCCUGGAAACUCUGGACGUCAUGGCUUACAACAAGUUCAAUGUGUUUCACUGGCACAUUGUAGAUGACCCAUCUUUCCCCUACGAGAGCUUGACCUUCCCAGAGCUCAGCAAGCAGGGAGCCUUCAAUGCCAUGACCCACGUGUACACAGCCAGUGACGUGCAGACAGUGAUCAAGUACGCCCGGCUGCGUGGCAUCAGAGUCGUCGUGGAGUUCGACACUCCUGGGCACACCCUCUCCUGGGGUCCAGGUGCUCCGGGUCUCCUGACUCCCUGCUAUUUGGGCAAGGAUCCUUCUGGGACCUAUGGGCCCAUCAACCCCAUCCUUAACAGCACCUACCAGUUUGUGACCAGUUUGUUUGAAGAGGUCAGCGCUGUGUUCCCGGACUUCUUUCUUCACCUCGGUGGCGAUGAGGUGGAUUUCACAUGCUGGAAAUCCAAUCCAAAAAUCCGUGCCUUCCUGAAGGAGAUGGGCUUUGGUGAAGAUUACAAAAAAUUAGAGUCGUUCUACAUCCAGAGGCUUCUGGACAUCAUCUCUUCCCUCGGCAAAGGUUAUAUCGUGUGGCAGGAGGUGUUUGACAACGGAGUGAAGGUGAGGCCAGACACCAUCAUCCACGUGUGGAAGGAGAGCUCCCCGCCGUACAUGGAGGAGAUGGCAAACGUCACCAAAGCUGGCUACCGGGCUCUGCUCUCUGCCCCCUGGUACCUCAACCGCAUCUCCUAUGGGCAGGACUGGAUGGCAGCCUACCAGGUGGAGCCCUUGAAGUUUGAAGGCAGCCCUGAGCAGAAGGAUCGGGUGAUCGGCGGAGAGGCGUGCAUGUGGGGUGAAUACGUGGACGUCACUAACCUGGCCCCCAGGCUCUGGCCGAGAGCUGGGGCCGUAGCCGAGAGACUGUGGAGUAACGCGACCGUCAGGGACCUGCAAGAUGCCUACGUGCGGCUGGCCGACUUCCGCUGCAAGCUCCUUGGGCGCGGUGUCCAGGCGCAGCCUCUCUACGUAGGAUACUGUGAAAAUGAAUUCGGCGGGUUUUGAAGGGAGAGUCCUGCUGCCCUCGGUCGCUGUGCACGCAGGAGGAAUGAUCCCUCUCUCAAAAGCUGCUGGCUUGGGAGAGGGACCCCUUCCCACCCCCAGCUUCUGCUCUUGCUUUGUUGCAAUGGACUUUUUUUUUCCUUAGUGUGCACUCUUCACCUCUUUUUUUUUUUUUUUUUCCCCCUAUUUUUAUUUCUUUAAAUCUAUAAAUAAAUGACCCCAAAGAGGAAAAAGGCACCUUUUCAUGCUCAGCUGGGGCUUGGGAGACCAUGCAAGGGUUAUUGUUAGCAGGAGAUGGGUAGGGCUCGCUCCAGAGAUGCCAGUAGAGGAGCAUCAUCCCGGUGGCUCCGGAGCUUGCUGGGUGCCUGCUCAGCUGGAUGAACCGUGUUUAGUCUCUGCUGCUGUCACAGACUCCGUCCCUGCAGAGAGAAGGUGAUGAGGAGGUGUGGGCUCCCCCAGUUUUUUCACCUUGGCCUCCCACCGUCUGCACCUGGCCAAGGCGCUACCUGUGCCAGGACAGGUGACACCCCACCUUGGUUUUGCUUCUGCGGCCGCCUGCACACCAGCGGGCAGCGUUGUGGUGUUGGUUGCUGUCCCUGUCUCUGUCUCUUGUCUCUCUGCCUCUGUCCAGGCAGGAGGCGACUUGCCUGCGGGCCACCAUCUCUGCUCCCUCAAACCCCAUCUGCUGCCGUCUCCUCCUGUGGCUUCUCCUGAGAAGACGGCGGCCUGAAGCCUCUCCGAGGAGACCUCGCAAACCUGCUGAGCGGCGCGCGGAUGUUACGGAGUCCCUGCUCAGCUCUCCCAUCAGCUGCCGCUUCUGCUCAGGAUUUAGCCAACUGAUCCAUCCUCCUCCUGCUUUGUUGUCCUCGGGGUGGGGAGCUCAGCUCCAGGUCUCCUACAUCCAGACAGGUUUGAUUUGGAUAAUGUUUUCCUUGGACAGGAGACUGGUGGUGCUGUUGUCGCGCGGAGCUGGGACAGUCGUGGUUCUUGUCCUUUGGUUGGGAUUGCCACGCUGGAAACUAUGUUCAGCUCAAAGCGGGGAAUCUCUCGAGGAGAAAUCCUGGCUGAUGGGACUGUUGUACCUGUGUCGUGGUCUUAAAUGAGCGAGGUCUGCUGUUAUGGCUGGAAACCUUUUACUAUUGAACUUUAAAUUAAAAAUAUGGAAUUAACUUGGAAUUAAAAAUAUUCAGAAAUUGUCAA